UGCAGCAGUUUCGGCCUCCUGAUCCUCACUUUCUUGGUGAGCUUUGUGUUCCUAUAUUUUUGGAUCGAAGCCCAAAAUGACUACAAUGACUUUGACUGGUUCAACUUUGGCAUUUUUGGCUUCUGGUUCCCGUGGUCGCUGGUUUUGCUUGUGGUGGUUGCUGCACUCUUCACGUACAUGGCGCUCCUGCUGGUGUUGGCCGUGUGUCUUCUGUCUGAGAGCCAACGGUUGUACCUUCACUGGAGCCACAAGACUGGCAUCAUGGUGACUUUGGCUUUCUACAUGCUUGCCAUGGUCAUCGUGUCCCACCUGUGGAGCAAUGAAUGGACCACGCUGCUGCUUUCGCUUCAGGUCACGGCACCUGUGCUCCACGUCGCUGCCGUUUUUGUCAUGUUGACCAUCUCCUGGCCCGUCGCUUUACAUUUCUUCCGCAUGAACAAGAGAGUGCGUCAGGUUGCUGUUCUUGGCCUCUACCUGUCCGGUCUGUUCUCUCUCUACCUGGUCCCGUUGGGAAUGUACUCGCCGUGCAUUAGAGAGGAGGCCACGCUGGGAGCCGCCCCGACGCUCAUCGGACACAGAGGGGCGCCCAUGCUGGCUCCAGAGAACACGCUCAUGUCCUUUGAGAAGGCGGUGGAGGCUGGGGGAGACGGACUGGAGACUGAUGUGACCAUUAGCUAUGACGGCGUUCCCUUCCUGAUGCACGACUUGACCCUGAGGAGAACCACCAACGUCGCCGAUGUUUUCCCCAACAGAACGCACUUGGAAGCCUCCCUGUUCACCUGGGCUGAGCUUCAGCAGCUGAACGCUGGCGAAUGGUUCUUAUCUGACCCAUUUGGCAGCGCGUCUUCCCUGAGCGAGGCAGAGCGCAAGCAGGCGAAGAACCAAUCAAUUCCCUUGUUGGCCGACUUCCUGGACGUGGCGUCGCGCAGCGGCCGACGCGUUCUUUUUGACCUGCACACGCCGCCGUCUGGACACCCUUAUGAAAAGUCGUACACCAACGUCACCCUGCAGGUGGUGUUGGCCCAUAUCAACUCUUCUCAGGUGCUUUGGCUUUCAUCCAAGGACCGGCAUCUGGUACACGCCGCUGCCCCCGAUCUGGUGCAAACGUCAGCAGAGCGCCUCUCCAUUCAGGAGCUGAUGAACGAGCACAUCGCCACUCUCAAUCUGCACUACAGCAAGAUGUCACAACAACAGAUCAGCAAGUACGGCUCAGCGAAUAUCAGCACCAACUUGUUUGUGAUCAGCCAGCCGUGGCUCUACACGCUGGCUUGGUGUACCGGAGCGCAGUCGGUUACCACCAACUCCAUACACGUCCUGGCCAAAAUCCGCAAGCCCCUCUUUCUCAUGACUCCUGAGGAAUACAACAUGAUUUGGAUUCUGACCGAUGUCAUUUCUGCAGUCCUGGUCGUCUCCAUUUUCAUUUUCCAUUGGUGGCGAGAGAGAGGUCUGCCCUACUUGUCUGGCAGUCGUCAGGCGCACGAAAAUGGACCAUACAGCAAAUUCAGGACGGACUCCUUGGAGCCCUUCUGCAGUCGCUGGAGUCCUCUCCACUCUGACUCCCCUAGCGGAUCCCUCAUCUCCCUCCCCUUGGUCUUCAACCCAUCGCACCCCGCAUGAGCCCCCCCCCCCGCAUGUCCAAACCUUAGCUGAGCGACGUCUGGUCCAUCUCCAGUGUCAAUGCCGCACAGGACCAGCCCACGACGCCGGCGCACUUUCAUCUGCCCACCAUCGUCGAGGAGUGACAACUUCGCUUAGCAUGAACUUUCGUCUACAUUCAUCAGCUGCUUCUUGUCUUCUGGACGGGAUGGACUCAAAGCUGAUGGAGAAGACGAAACUAUUUUUAUUUUCUCCUCAAUUUGUACAGGUACCAGUUGCAUUAGACCAAGAACUUUGAACUGGUGGGAUUUAAUGGACGCUGCUCGAUGGACUGACAAAGUGAAUGUACAACUGGAGGCGCCUCAAGGUAGCUAAUUAGUUCAUAUUGAUCUACAAAGUGAAUGUAGGCCAUGUUUGGAACGGAAAUGCUCCGUUUUGUGCCAAAUUAGUAAAGCCGACGUCAUUUUAUGAGUUUUUUGGGGGUGCUGUUAUGAAAUAAAUGCCUGACCCAACAAAAAUGUGGGAGUGACUUCGAGGAAAUGACACCAACUGUAAAGCAGUAAUGUAUUUCAACAUUUGAGUGGAACUUUAGCGACUCUGAAUGUGUUGGUCAAGUCGGAGAUUUUAUUUUUCCUCUCGUCAUUUCCACAAAAUAAAAACAGUUAACAAGUCAGCUGUCAUG